CAGGACAGGAGAAGUGGGACUGUGCAGAGUCCAUACAUACAGAAUAGGAGGAGAUACCGAGAAUGACGCCCGGCAUCCGGGACAGGAGAAGUGGGACUGUGCAGAGUCCAUACAUACAGAAUAGGAGGAGAUACCGAGAAUGACACCCGGCAUCCGGGACAGGAGAAGUGGGACUGUGCAGAGUCCAUACAUACAGAAUGGACAGAUACCGAGAAUGACACCCGGCAUCCGGGACAGGAGAAGUGGGACUGUGCAGAGUCCAUACAUACAGAAUGAGGACAGAUACCGAGAAUGACACCCGGCAUCCGGGACAGGAGAAGUGGGACUGUGCAGAGUCCAUACAUACAGAAUGGGGACUGAUACAGAGAAUGACACCCGGCAUCCAGGACAGGAGAAGUGGGACUGUGCAGAGUCCAUACAUACAGAACGGGACAGAUACCGAGAAUGACACCCGGCAUCCAGGACAGGAGAAGUUGGGACUGUGCAGAGUCCAUACAUACAGAAUAUGGACAGAUACCGAGAAUGACACCCGGCAUCCAGGACAGGAGAAGUGGGACUGUGUAGAGUCCAUACAUACAGAACGGGGACAGAUACCGAGAAUGACACCCGGCAUCCGGGACAGGAGAAGUGGGACUGUGCAGAGUCCAUACAUACAGAAUAAGGACAGAUACCGAGAAUGACGCCCGGCAUCCAGGACAGGAGAAGUGGGACUGUGCAGAGUCCAUACAUACAGAAUGGGGACAGAUACCGAGAAUGACACCCGGCAU